UUUGAAGAGGACGUUGGCCAAACGGUCAUUGCGGUUUCCCUCUCGAUUUAAAAUCAUUUGAAUCAAAUACCAACAAAAAAAAGGACUUUGGCAUUCAAAACCUGGUCGCUUCUCUCUCUCUCUCUCUCCUCUCCGCCCUUCAUGCCAUGGAACUAUCCCACCAAGACUUUCCCUUCGCCGGCUUCAGUGCGGCUCGGGUCACAUUAACCCCAAUCCCCACGCCCUCCUCCACGCGCCGCCUCUCCAGCAGCUUCAAUGAGCGGAGCCGCCCCGUGCCGGCUUGCCGGAAGCUGGCCUGGGUCAACCUCGAAGGCCGGAUGGUCAAUGCCGACGAGGCCAGCUCGGCUGGAACCAUUAAGGGUGGCUUGAGAACAGAGCAAGCCGCGGCUUGGGAGCUGUUUAGCCCCUUCCAGAGGUUCCUCUUCGUCGCCGUGAUAAGCGUCGCCACUGCCGAAUCGAAGAAAAACCGCCACAUUUCGCAGCUGAAAAAAUCUGUGGAACUUAGGGAUCAAAUAUUAUCAAGCAUGCAGCAGAAGCUUGACAGCCUUUGCGAGCAGAUGAAUAACAUUAAGGAUCACUCAGGAACUCUUGUUCCUUCCGCCCUUGAAAGCGCAGAAUUGCAACGCAACGAAUCUUUUGGUUCCCAUAAAAUCAAAUUUGUUGAUUGUGGUUGUUGGCUCUGUGAUCAACAUCGUAACCUUCCAAAUGGGUUGGUGGAUAACAAUGCUGAGAAAGCCUCCGAUGGGGAUCGGAUACUACUACAUAAAAUGUCUCUGCUAAAUGCACAAGAGCAAGAGGAGCGCCGUAUGUCAGAUUUAUCAGACUUGGCCUCAAGUGUCACUUCUGCUGCAGACAUCCAGCUAAACACCUUAGCUAUUGAACAAGACAUAUACAAUCUCAAGAAGGAUUGUGAAGAGAGAGAUGGAACGAUACAGGAGCUAACCACUUUACUCCAGUCAUCUGAAAGUGCCGGUUCAAAGAGGAUUUCCGAGUUAGAAGACAUAAUACGUAGGAAGAACUCGACGAUUACAAGACUAAAGAGGGACAUGGUAGUUCUAGAGCAAAAGGUAGUACACCUUACAAGGCUUCAGAGACCCUCUUUCUCUUCCUCAAACGCACAUGAUGACGAUAGAAAAAUUCCGCACAUGAUGGACAACCUCGUUUAUGAUAUGGAUAGUACUACUAGCCCUUCAUCUUCCGAUUCAGACUGCUCUCCGCUGAUUCGAUCACCAACUCCUCAUGUUGCUAAAACUCCAGAAGGUCCUCAGAUCCUUGACCCUGUUCCAACAACUCAGAAACCAGAGCCCGAAAAAGCCUCUACUUCGAAGGUGAAGCCAACUGACAGUCGCAUAAAAUCCCAACCACUGAAUCCUCUGAAAGAGAUCACCAUGAAUUCGAGGCACGAACACUCAGUGAGCAAAUAUUCUCAACCAAUGAGUCCGAAAUCUCAACCAAUGAGCCCUGUCAAAAGAUCGAAUACCACUCAAUUUUCAAGGCCAAGGCCGAUAUCAGCUGGUGGGGAUUCGAAAAAGAUCAUUCGAAGACGUUCUACAUCCGGACGAAAGGAUGCUACUCCACAGAAGAGAUGGGCAUAGAAAGGUAGACCUUUGCUUUUAUGAUGAAUAAAAGGUCUCCCUUUUGUUGGUUGAUGUGGAAAACGAUAUAUGCAACCAUUGAGUCUAUUCAUCCCAGUCGUCGACGAUACUUUGAAGUAAGAUAUAAGAUUCUAGCUAGUAUAUAUAUAUAUAUAGGAUAUAUAUGAUAAGUGCAGAGAGUUUUGUAUUUAAUCAUACAAUGUGACAGUGCUCUUUCAAUGUAAGAUCUUAUUAAUUUUCUCUAUGGCAAUCCUACCCUUCUCUCUCCA